AUGGUUCCUAGGGCAAGUGAACUACCUCCAAAGGCUCAUUUUGAGCCUAACAGGCAAGUUAAGGAGUUCAAAGACAUGUUAAAGCUAAAAAAGGAGUAUGAGUUCGUGUGGUUGGACAAGCAUCAAGUUGCUUUUGAAAAGAUAAAGCAAUACCUCACUAAGCCUCUUAUGCUUAUGCCGCGAGAUGAAAGAGUGCCACGUCCCAAAGCAACUGCAGCCACAUUGGCACCUGCAACCGGAAACGCAAAUGCAAGUCGACAAGAAAAUACCGAACCCAAAGCCAAAGUAACAAUCGUGGACCCAAUCCAAGAUGCAGCUGCAGCACCAAAGCCACGGGACCGAGCCCCACAGUCACAAGCUUCAUCUCUAAGUGAUGCCAUGGCUUCAGCCCCAACUGCAUUCAAAAUAGCAGAGGACCCAGCCAUAGGUCCCAAAGCAACUGCAGCCGCAUUCCCAUCUGCAACCGAAAAUGCAAAUGCAAGUCGACAAGAAAAUACCAAACUCAAAGCCAAAGUAACAAUCGCGGACCCAAUCCAAGAUGCAGCUGGAGCCCCGCAACCACGGGACCGAGUCCCACAAUCACAAGCUUCAUCUCUAAGUGAUGCCAUGGCUUCAGCCCCAACUGCAUUCAAAAUAGCAGAGGACCCAGCCAUAGGUCCCAAAGCAACUGCAGCCACAUUGGCAUCUGCAAUCAGAAGUGCAAAUGUAAGUCGACAAGAAAAUACCAAACUCAAAGCCAAAGUAACAAUCGCGGACCCAAUCCAAGAUGCAGCUGCAGCCCUACAGCCACGGGACCGAGUUCCACCAUCACAAGACCCAGCAACAGAACCAGAGGAGCACGGAAAUACAGCUUUUUGCUAUGCGGCUUUAUCUGGAAACGUGAAAAUUGCUCAAAUUAUGAAGAUGAAGAAGCAAGAUUUGUCAGUGACUCGGGGUGGUAAAAAUUUAUUUCCAAUUCAUAUAGCAGCUUUGGCUGGCCAUGCACAAAUGGUGCAUGAACUGUACGAUGAAGAUCAUAUCAAAAAUCAACUAACAAAUGAUGAUCGCAUUAGUUUACUCAUCGCUUUGGUAGAGUCUGAUAUAUAUGAUGUUGCACUGAAGAUGAUAGAACGUCACCCAGAGUUGGCCACUAUGAAUGAUCAUACCAGAGAGGAAGAGACAGCAUUGCAUGCAUUUGCUCGAAAGCCUUGUAUACCUUCCAUUGAAACUUCUACAGGGAUUUGGAGUUGCCGCAAAAACUUCUAUUUGUUUUUCUCGGUUGCUGGUUCGAACAUAAGUAAGCACGAACAAGGGCUUGAGCUAGUCCAAAAGCUUUGGGAGAAAGUAAUAAUGCAGGACGAGGAAAAAGUUUCUAAGUUUAUGAUUAUACCUUCUGGGCGACUUAUAUUUAUUGCAGCUGAAAAUGGAAAUGUGGAGUUCCUAACUAUACUUAUACGUCAAUAUCCAGCUUUAAUAUUGAAGGUGGAUGAGAAUAAACAUACCAUUUUUCAUAAAGAUGUUUUGUAUCGACAUGAGAAAAUCUUCAAGCUGAUUUUUGAGUUGGGUAUGAUGAAGAACUUGAUAAACAUAUAUGAAGACGAGAACAAGAAUAACAUGUUGCACUUGGCUGGACAAUUGCCUUUACCAAGUCGGCUAAAUGUUGUACCAGGAGCAGCUCUCCAACUGCAACAAGAGCUACUGUGGUUUGAGGAAGUGAAGAAGGUUGUUAGACCAGGGCAAAUUGUAGCAAAAAAUACGCAAAAGCAGACUGCAAGAGAAGUGUUCAUGGAAAAGCACGAGAACUUAAGGAUAGCAGCGGAGAAAUGGAUGAUAAAAACAGCAAAUUCAUGCAUGCUUGUGGCAACCCUUAUUGCCACUGUUACUUUUGCAGCAGCGUUUACAUUACCUGGAGGUAAUGGACAAGAUAAUGGGUUUCCUGUUUUUCUUAAUAGGACCUUGUUUAAAAUUUUUGCCAUAGCGGAUGCAGUAUCUUUAGCAUUCUCAUCCUCUUCGAUACUAUCCUUCUUGUCCAUUCUUACUUCUUCAUUCUCAAUGGAUGAUUUUCUCAAGUCAUUGCCAAACAAGUUAAUUCGAGGAUUCUUAUUCCUUUUCAUAGCAAUAAUAACAAUGAUGGGUGCCUUCGUUUUAGCCUUUUUCUGAAUUUUCAAACAUGGAUUGAUUCGAUUUGCUAUUUCUAUUGCCGCACUUGCUUUUAUGCCAAUCCUUUUAUUCAUUGGGCAGCUCCAUCUUGUUUUUGAGAUGAUUUAUUCCACCUACAAGUGCUCCUUCCUUUUCUGUUGCAAUAAAAAAAACUCUCUUUCCUACCAAAUCAAAAUUUCCCAUACUAGAAAAGCUAUGCUGCUUCUGCAAUUAGCUCCAUAUUUAUCUUCUAGCCUAUGUGUUGUGUACUAGUUUGUAAUAGGGAUAGAUUUUGUGCUAGUAUUUGUAAUAGGUAUAAAUUUUGUGCUAGUACUAUUUGUUUUAUACUUGUGCGUGUGUAAAAUAAAAUCAUUAUUGUAUUUUAUUUUUCUUGUACAAUAAACGUUUAAAAAGUAAUUUCUUUUUUUUUUA